GGGGGGAGAGAGGGAGGGCUGUUACCGUGGCAACGAGGACGCGGAUGCUCCCGGACGGAGGCGCAGGAGCCACUUGCCCCCUGCGAGGGUAGAAGACGAGGGGCAGAGGGGGAAGCGGACCCUGGACCCGAACAGGAUUGUGAAAGAUGGGAGAUACUGAUGAGGAUACAUCAAAUUCGAGUGACUCGGAACCAGAGAGCAAGGAGUCAACCAGAAGCCCUAGUGCGUUGGCUACUUCUGAGGUUCAAGAGGAGCCAGGAUUAUUCCCCUCCUCAGUGGAUAUUCAGGAUGACCUCUGCAAAGAUGUGUAUGCCACCCUGGCCUUUCAGUGCCUCGAUGAGUUGUUUACUGCUGGAAAAAUCCCCGGAACAAGGGUAGCGGAGCUGAAGGCAAAAUACACCUUGCUGCAUGAGACUGUCAUCAGCAUACAAGAGUCAGAGGCCCAGCUGUUGCAGGAUGCCAAACGUUUCACCUCUGAAAUAGAGCGUCAACAGCAACAGCUGGAGAAAGCAGAGCACUUUCCAGAGGCAUUUGACACUGAGGUCUCCAAGAUGAGAGAGCAACUCCUUAAGUAUCAGAAUGAAUAUACAGCCAUUAAAGAAAGGGAAUACCACACACAGUACAGGUUGAAUAUCUUACAAGAGGAAAAAAGACUUGUUCAACGGGAAUAUGAGAGGAUUUCUAAGCCUGGAGAACUAGAGAAGAAGUUAAGAGGACUGAAAGAAAGUUCUGAAGAAAUACGGAAAGAGGUCAUUCAGAAGAAACUGGAAAUCAAAACCUUACAUGAAGACGUGUUGGCAAAGCAGAAGCAGUCCCAAAAGGAGCAGCAAGAACUUGAAGAAUUGCUGGAAAUUCAAGACAACCUGAAGGAUGAAGUAGUCCACCAUCAGGCCAUUCCUGUACAAAUUGGAAAAGAGAUGGAAAAGAUCAUGCGUAAAAAAGUAGAAACUGAGAAGAAAAGAAAAGUCUUUGCAGAUCAGGUCCAAGAAUUAAAUGUUGCCCUUAAGAAAGUUGAAAAUAAAACUAAUAAAGUAUUGGAAGAAAAAGAAGAUGUAAUCAAAGAAGUAGAAGGAAAGCGAGCCUUACUUGAAAGCAAAGAGCGGGAAUUCAACCAACUGAAAAAAUUGCUGGAAUUAAACAAGGAGAAUGAAGCCACAUCAUUAAGUGAAAGGGGUUAUUUGGACCUCAAUUUACGCAACUGCCAGAUUGACAAGCAGAACGCGCACGAUGAGUUGACACGAAAGCAGAGGGAGAAAGAGCGAGAUUUGCGCAAUCUGAAGAAAGUGGAGCUCCUGCUGAAAGUCGCCCAUGAUUCCCUGGAUCUCACCCAAGCCAUGCAUCAGCGGCUCUGUUUGGAGAUAGAAGGUUUGCCUAAAGACAACGGGUCACUGGCCGACCGAAGGAAGGAACUCCACAAGGAGGUCGAAAUAGCGAAGAGGAGUCUGGCUCAUCAGAGACUCCUAACAGAUGUGGAGACCCACCUGUUAGAACACUGCAUUGCAGAAGAAGCCAAGCUUUUCAAAGAGCAUGAAUACCUUCGGGAGCAGGUAGCCACCCUUCUUCGUCUGACUCAACUCAAAGCAGAUGAGAGGGAACAGAAAUCUAAAGACUUCAUAAAAGCCCAGCAGAGACAUUUCAACGUUACUAAAGAAAUCAAAUCCAAGGAUCUGGAGAUCAGGAUAUAUAAGAAGAAAAAAUGUGAAAUUCAUAAGAGACUCAAAGAGUUUGCUAAACUCUAUGAUACUGUUCGGAAUGAGAGAAACAAAUUUGUUAACUUACUUCAUACUGCUCACCAGAGAGUAAAUGAAAUAAAAGAGAGAUAUAAAAUGUCAGUGAACGAACUGGAAAUUUUAAGAAACAAUGCAGUUAUCCAAGAAAGGAAGCUCCAGAAUUGCAUGCUGAAACAUGCCAACAAUGUCACCAUCAAAGAGAGCAUGCAAAACGACGUGUGCAAGAUCAUGAUGGUGCUCCAGGAAAUGAAAGAAAAGAGGGAGCAGCAUUUGCUCAACAUGGACAAACUCUCUAACAUGGUCACGCUGGCUGAGGAGGAGAUGGUGCAGCUGCGCAAGAAAUACGAGCAAGCCGUUCAGAGCCGAAACAAAAGUGGUGUCCUGCUGAUAGAGCGGGAAGAAGAAGUAUGCAUUUUUUAUGAAAAAAUCAACAUUCAAGAGAUGAUGAGCCGAAACGGAGACAUCGAGAUGCACAGCUUGGAAGAAAAGAUCAGGUUUCUGAAGCUGAAGAUUGCCGAGAAGCAGAGACAGAUUAAUCUGUCCCAAAAAAUGUUGCCUUUGAAAAGAGUCCUGGAUGCAGACCUGGUGGUGCUUCAGAUUCAGUUUUCCCAAUGUAGAGACAGGAUCAGAGUCCUGGAGAAAAAGUUUAUAAACCCUAAUGGGGUGAACAGAGCACGCUUCCUUCAGGGGAAAGACCCGACGCUGAAGGAAAUGAUCAAAAAGAUAGAUGAGUUGGAAUUCCUCCUGGCGAAGAAAGAGGAGAAGCUGCUGGAAAAGGACUUCAUCUACGAGCAGGUUUCUCGGCUGACAGACCGACUCCGUUCCAGGACUGAGAGCAACAAGCAGGACACCCUCCACCUGGCCAAAAAGAUGAUCGAAUUCCAGAAGAAGAUCAAGGGCAUGACCCAGAAGAUGAUGGCCCUCGUGGCCGAACUGUCCAUGAAGCAGGCUGCCACCAUCAAGCUUCAGAAGGAAGUGAGGGACAGGGAGCAGUUCCUCUUCUCCUGCUCCUCCAGGUUGGAUAACGGCCUUCCGCUCGGGGAGAUCGAGGAGCAGUGGCUGAAGGUGCUGAGGGAUGAAGACAUGCACAAGGCAGCGUUGGAAGAAAAGAUGCAGCUCGCCAUCGAAGAGGAGCAGCACCUGCUGCCUUCAGGGGUUUACACAACGGCUGAGCAGCGCCCCAACGCCUACAUCCCAGAAGCAGAAGGGGCCCUGCCCCUGCCCCGGCCCUAUGGGGGACAGGCUCCUUUCAAACCCAGUGAACCUGGUUCCAACAUGAGGCAUAUAAGAAAGCCAGUUUUGAAGCCAAUUGAAAUCUGACCUGCCCACACUACCCGAGAAGGUCCAGGGGUCACAGCCCCACCCCAAUCUCUCUAAACUCCAAAUGCAGUCCUUAACCAACCCUCAGAAUUGGGGGGGGGGGGGGGGGAGGGUUGGCAUGCUUGUCCAAGCUUCACCAAAAUAAGUGCCACAACAGUAAUUCUGUUAUUUUCUAAUUAUAAACCUGGAAACAAAUUGCAGUCUAAUGAGUGCUGAACCUUGAAGCUGCGUGAAGCCAGAAAACCUAAUGUUUAUUUUACAAAUCAUGGACAUAGGCCCUUCCUGUCAUUUAGCCCAGAGACAUUAAGUCCUAACCAUGCGAUUCCACAGACUCAAAUCAUUGUAUUGAAAUGAGGAGGGAAGAAGGGACCAGGACUGCCUCUCUAUGUGGCAGGUUGGCCUGGCUCUAUUUUUAUCAAACAAUCAAAAGUAUUUAUCGAGUGUCUAUUUUGUGCAGAGCAAAGAGCCAUGUACUCUCCAAGAGUCUCUGGGUAGGAGAAGGGCACGUACUGUUUCAUAGAACAUUCGUUCACUCCAGUUUUACCUUUUGGGGGAAUACUGUCCCCUCAUUGCCCAAAAGUACACCAGGGAAGUUAAAGAUAAAACUGCCAGGAAGAUCUGGAACCGGGAAACUGACUGUUGGGUGAGGGCAAGAGAGAGAGGCAACCGUUCACUCAGAGAUAUCAUGGAUCGUGUGUCGCCUGAGGAAAGCUAGGGCAAAGACACCCAGACCAGGAUACUAAUAGGGUUUAUUUGAAACUUUUCCCCUGUUUAAACAUUUUAUAAACACUAAAAAGCCACUGGUAUAAAAUUAAAUAAAAUUCCCUUCAAAGACCUUUCAAUUACCAAAAAAAGGCCACAAAACGCAGAAAACAAAACCCCCCCUCAGCUACGCUAUAUACACAUCUACUGUAUAUUACAAAAGCUUACCCACUGGAAGCAGAAGCCGCUUGGGCCCUGACACCUAUCAGUAGUAAACCUUUACUCGGGGUCUAAAUCUGCUUAUCCUGGACUCGUUAAAAACUUGUUUCAUUUCUAACUCUCCAUGAUUUAGAGGAAUGCAUUCCCUCACUGCUCACUGAGCCAUUCCUCACCUUGCCAUAUUCCUACCAUUUCACUCUGGAGCAGCCCCCACCCACCCGCAUUUUUUAUGGUCCCCAAUAACAGCUGCUUUCUCCACCUCCAGGCCUUCCCCCAGACCGUCUGCUCCCUCGCCUACCUGACAUCCGCAUGACUCCCCUAUCACUCCCCCCAGAGUCCCAUUCACCUCAGUCUGGAGGAGGAGAAGCUGUGCCGCAGUUUAACCUGCAACCGCUGGACUGUAUCUCCCCACCUUCCCCACUCAGAAACCUCCACAGGCUCAGUUACCCCAUCAGUCUAGAUGUUUCUGAACCACCGUGGGGAAGAGUUUUAACCUUUCCCUUACCCAUCCUUAAGGUCUUACACAUGAGGAAUUUGGGUUUCACAGCCAAGCCUAAGUGCAGGUAUAGGGAGAAAUAUGGAAAAGGUGCAAGAUAACUGACAUUUUUGCCCCCUUUAGAGGCCCAGAAUCAUGGUGGUUUCUUUCAAGGCUGCUUCCUCCACGAAUCUGGCAUCCACAUGGUCCUGGUCUUCACGAGGAUUGAGAACUGGAAAGAGAAAGAUGGAUUUGCAUGGACAUCUGCCCUUCUCUUGGAGCAAGGACCACAAUACCAUUUGGAAAGCCACGACAUCAGCAAUUAUAAAAUGAAAACAGUCCCAUCCGAGUCGCUACAGAAAUCACAACAUCAGAGAACUCACCGGCUACAUCGAACUCAUUCUCCCUCAUAAUAGCAAGCAGGUAAUAGCAGUUAUUACCGUAUAGCCCUGAAACCAAACUGACCCCGCUUUUAAGGUGACCUUCCCCUAACCCCUCUAAAAUCUAAUACUUCAUAAUGGAAAUCUUCAUGAGCAGGAAACGUGCCUACCAACUUUGUUGUAUUAUUAAAUGCUCAAUAAACAUGACGAUUGUCUGAUCCUCUGAA